AUGCCUCACGCCGACGAGAAGCCGAUGAUGGUCGGCGAACAUCCGCAAUGUGAUCCGGUCAAGACUCGGAUCAUUCAUGUUGGGAUGGGUGCAAGUGGCAUGCUCGCCGCCCACAAAGCGCGGAAGUUCCUCACCAACUACGAGCUCGUCUGCUACGAGAAGAAUGCGUCGGUCGGGGGCACGUGGUGGGAGAAUCGAUACCCAGGAUGCGCUUGUGAUAUACCCGCUCACACGUACACCUUCCCGUUCGAACCGAAUCCGGAAUGGAGCGAAUUCUAUGCUUCAGCACCCGAGAUCCAAGACAACUUCAUGCGCUUCUACAACAAGCACAAUUUGGAGCCAUUCGUCGUUCUCAACACCGAAGUCGUGGAAGCCGAGUGGCACGAUCGUGAAGGACUUUGGCAUGUGACCCUAAAGAACCGUACGGACGGAUCCAAGUUCGUCGACAAAUGCAACGUCAUCAUCAACGGCUCCGGCGUGUUGACCAAGUGGAAGUGGCCUGACAUCGAAGGCCUUCACGACUUCAAAGGCGAACUCGCCCACUCCGCCAAUUGGCCACAAGACCUCUCUUGGGAAGGCAAGCGUGUUGGCGUGAUUGGCACUGGAUCCAGUUCGAUUCAGAUGGUUCCUAAGCUCGCGGAAACAGCGUCGCAAUUAACCGUCUUCAUGCGGAACAACACCUAUAUUGCUCCACCCUUCGGCUCCAACAUUUCGAACAAGGAAGCGGACCCAGACGCUGCGGAUCCAGCUGCAGCGGGCAAGCACAAGUAUACUGAGAAGGAGAAGGAAAGGUUCAGAGAUGAUCCGGCGUACCAUCUCAAGUACCGGACUACGAUUGAACGGCAGAUCGCUAACGGUGGCUGGGAUAUGUUCAACCGCGGGACCGAGCUGAACAUUUUCGUCAAGGGCGCUAUGCAGGAUUCGAUGAGGCAACGACUGGCGCAUCGCGAUGAUCUGAAGGAGCGUAUCAUUCCUACUUGGAGCCCUGGAUGCCGGAGACUGACGCCUGGUGAUGGGUACCUCGAAGCGCUCAUACGGGACAAUGUAAACUGCGAGUUUGAUGAUAUCAAAAGAAUCACACCUACCGGGCUCGAGACGAUCACGGGAAAGCAUAUCGAGGUUGACGUGCUGGCCUGUGCGACUGGCUUCAACGUCCAGUAUUUCCCGCACUACAAGAUGAUCGGCACCGGAGGACAAGUGAUGCAAGACUCCCCCGAACCCAACGUCUACGCCUCCGUAGCCGCGCCUGGAUUCCCGAAUUACUUCGUUAUCAACGGGCCACGAGGCAACUGGGGUCAAGGCUGCGCCCUCCCCAGCCACGAAGUCCAAAUGGAGUACAUCCUCCAAUGCUGCCGCAAAAUGCAGGAGGAUCGCAUCAAGUGCAUGGAGCCGAAGCAGAAUGUCACAACCCAAUUGAAUGCGUACAUGGAUGCUUGGCAUAAAAAGCAAAGCAUAUGGGCCGAAGACUGUAAGAGUUGGUAUAAAGACAACAAGCGCAACGGCAGAGUCUACAUCUGGCCCGGCAGCCUCCUCCACCACCUCAAAUUCCUCAAGCGCCCGCGCUACGAACACUACGAAAUCACCUACAUGGAUCCGGACAACAUUUUCGAUUUCCUGGGAAACGGGAAGACGAUCAGUCAGGUGAAGCUUGGGGGUGAGGCGCCGGUGCCUUAUAUUCGGAAUGACGAGGAUGAGGUGUGGGAUAUUGAGUAG